CCGCAUGUGCCUCCGUUUACUGCUUAUUUAUGUUCGAUGGAAGCGGGUAUUCUAUCUUUUGCUUUUGGUGCCCGUAGAUUCCCUCUCCCACAAGCAAAACCCUAGGAUAAAGUUGGGGUUUCCCGAAACCCUUUUUGCCUUCCGAUCGAUCCCUUGCUGAUCUCUCUCGCCUCGCUCGCCCCGAUCGGGACCAGGAUUUGGCUCGCGAUCCAGCGGUGAAUCGCGGUAGAAGCAGCAAGACGAUUCCUUUUCCCGGUUCCUCGGAGGAGUUUCAUGUUGGGGAAUACGCUCGUCUGUAAGAACAAGGUCUUUCCCAUGUUGUUUCAUUGUGAUGAACCAAGUGCAGCCGUGGUCCAUCUAAGUUCUUGAAGGAAGUUCUUUCACUUACCAAUGUCAUGCUUCUCUUUUUCUAUAUCUAAGAAGUUGUGUUCUUGCAAAAAUGUGUGAAGCAAAAUGAUUAUGGUUACUCUUACAUGAUUGGUUAUAUUUGUUGUUGAUAUUGUUCCGCUCCUUCGAUAAAUAUUGAUGGUUAUUAAGUUGACUAAAUCACAUUAAUUGUUGUGAUGCCCUGAUCAUUUUUGUUUCUUGGACAAGUGUAUCAUUCUCUGUGUAGAUCCUAACACUAACUUUGUUCUUGCAGUUUGUCUUGUGUAAACUGUUAUACUGAUACUUUUGAAAAAGAAAUUGUUUUUUGACCAGCUAUGGCUUCCAAUGCACUUGAGUCUAAAUAAGUUUGAUUUCUUGGCAGUGCUUGAAGUUGUCUGUAGCAUUUGAGUCUAAAUAAGUUUGAUAAAAUAAUAAUGCUGUUCGGGAUUCUGUUAUCAUACAGCAAGACGAAGCAUACCCGGCAAAGACAUACACGACCUGCUGCAUAUGAUUGCUCUCAUUUUAUUAAGCUAUGGAAGUAGAUGUAAAGGAGCUCAAUACCAAAGGAAAAGAAUGUGUUCGUUUGGCUGAUGGCAAGAAUGAUGCAGAUGAGUGCAACCAUUUUACAAUUCGGAUGGAAUGCUGAAUUGCUGCUUCUCUCUGUGGCCCAACAAUUAGGUUCUGCUAAUUGUUGUAACUUGUAACUAUGGUUUGUGGUUACGUUGCUGGUGUUCGGAAGAGGGAUGCAAGGAUUUGUUGGCCAUUGUUUAUGCCCGACAAUGAAAGUUCAGAUAUACUCGCCAACAUGCUGCCACCCCUGCAUGUUUCUAAGUUCAAACGAUGGAGUUGCCUGAACUGUAUUCAUAUGAUUAACGCUUCUGCAGAUGCAACAGGAAAUGCAGACUCUACAAAUGUACAACACAAAGAUAUAAAUAUAAAAAAAAUUCUUUUAAAUGAUGAUACAAAAAGGUUAUGUUUUCAUUCUAAAGAAUGUGAAAACAUCGUACAUGGGGAGAGGCUAGUCUCAAAUUCUUGUAACAAUGUUAGUCAUGUCAAACCUAGCACAGCACUAUAUUGUGGCAAGAAAGAGACUGGAUCUACAACAGAAGAUGCAGCCAGAGAAGGUACACAAAUAUUUAUAUGUGAGAAAUUUAGAUCUGAAGAGAAUCAAGAUCAGACAUUCAAACCUGCGUUGGCUGUGGCUGAAGGUGUGGAAUUAGAAGCAAGAGAAACCCAGACAAGAAACAUUAUGGUUACUCAAAACAAAUUUGAUACUAUUCAUCUUUGUGAUGAUGUUUCUCCCCUGGUUUCUGUCAAACCAAAUAGACAUUCAACCAAUGGAGUAUCUGAUAGAGUACUGAUUUUCGGAGGCACCAAUCCUGCAACAUAUGGAAACAAAGAUAAUGUUGAUGGGAUUGCUGCCAAAGGCAAAAUAUAUGUAAUACCUGAUGGCAUGCCCAAAGAAUGUAGGAAUCUGGUUGGUGUUGAUCUUGGCAUUCUAAGAGAUGAUGCACUAACUGCAACUGCAGCUAAUGUCACCAAUUAUGAUUUUACAGGCUUAGAUCAGAGCAACAAUGAAGCAUCAUAUGGUACUCUAGAUUUAUCUGAUGGUGUGAAUUGUAGCCAAAAUCAGAACAGUCUGUUGAGCAGUUCACAUGAAAAAGUGAACCACAAAAAGGCUCGUAAGCUACGGUUGCUGGAGGAUAUUCUGAAAAGUGAAGAGUUACAUGUACCUAAAAAAGUUUGUGCUUUCAAAGGAGAUGCAGAAACAUGUGAAAUGAUGAACAGUGAUGACCGAUGUUCAGUUGGAACAAACUUUGAAGCUCAAACCAGAAAUUGCAAAAGCAAUCUUGCUAGCCGGAACUCUGAAGUGACAACUGCCAAUCCUGUUAAUGGUGCAGAAGCUGAUCAGAGCAAAGAUGAGGAGGUUACUCUACUUCAUUGGCUAAAGAAGGUUUCUAAGAAAUUUGUCACUGAUGACUUUCAAAACAAGAAGGCCCUUGGUGCAAAAGGAUCUGCUGAAAUCAUGUACAUGGAGAAAGUUGGUAUAUCUCCUAGUACACAUAAUGAGAAGGAUGCAAAUCCUCUUCCUAAACGUUCUGGAGUAAGUAAACAGAAAAAAUGUUAUAGUGUUGAAAAGGAAAAUAAGGUGCCUCAAGUUAAACCAAGUGGCCGUUGCCUCAUAUCACAAAAGGAAAAUUUAAUUUCUAAAAUAGCAAUGAUGAAACAUGUUUGUCCUGACAAUGUUUAUCCUAAAAUGAGAAACAUGAUUUCUGCACCUGGGAAACUAGUUAGGAGUUGUGAUAAAAAAGCCAACUUUAAUAGAAGGAAGAAAAAGGCAUCACAAGUUGAGGACAGAAAUUCUUUGCAGAUAAACUGGUCAAGGAAAGGAGUGGUAAAGAAACGAAGGACCACAAAGAUGCAUGAAAAAGAAGCUCUAGAUGACAUUCCAAUGGAUAUUGUCGAACUCUUAGCUAGAAACCAGCAUGAAAGAAGUCUGACGAAUGCUGAGAUUGCUAGCAAAAAGCAUCAUGAGUUGUCAAUUAUAAAUGGUGAGAUAAGGUCUGGAAAUAUUUCAUGUGUAUCUGAAUAUUGUGGAAGCAAGGAUACAAAUGCCCUGUAUAAGAGCAAUGCCCUGGUCAAUGAUACAGUACAUGAUGUUCCCACUGCCUCCUGUGGUAAACAGAAUGCUGACCAUGGUACAGAAGCCUACUAUUGUGCUAAAUAUCAGAAGCAUAUCCUCAUUGAUCUGAACCAACAAGCUACAGAGUUUCCGGCAAUUCCAGCAUAUGAUGGGCACCAAUCCAGUACAACUCACAUUCCUGUUGUUGAUCCUAGGAAAACCCAUUCUCUUCCAAGUUCUUGUGGCAGAAUCAGGAUGCAAGAUUUCGGAUCAUAUCAAAAAGAUGGAGUUUCAGCUCAGAGUUCAGCUGCAGGUACCCAUGACAUGUUGUCAGCACCAGUAAAAGGUAGAAAAUAUGGAAUCAGUUCUGGGAACAACCAUGCUCAUUGCAAUUAUGGAAAAAUGGUACCUUAUGAUUCAGUUUUUGAUAGAAAUCAGAACACAGUUGUUAAAACAACUGAUUAUCAGGAACCAGUGAUGCUAACUGGUUCCCAUAUACUGAAUGCGGGAGGAAAAUCUGAGCAAUCCACAAACAGGACAACUCAACCAACCACAUCUUGCACUGUGGGAGGAGGAAACAGGUGCCAUUCAGGAGGAACAGGGCCAAUGGAUUUGUCUAACAAUGAUAUGAUAUCAGCAUUACAUUUGCUUAGGCUAGUUGAUCAGGCAGCUCUGACAGGUACAUCAUGGGAUAUAAACCGUGUCGGAAUUGCCCAAAAUUCCAACUUAAAUUUUACUAAUCAAUCCACUCAGGUGCCUGGUGUGAAAAAUGGGGUCAAAAUUAGAGAAGCCCAUCAAAAUUCAGUUGCAACUGGGUACUCUGCUCAUAAUCAAAAUGAGGGAAAUUUCAGCAGACCUCACCGCCCAGUUCCUAGAGUAGGUGUUCUUGGGUCUUUGCUGCAAAAGGAAAUCAUGACUCGUUCAAACAAGUGUGUGGCACCACUGGGUUGUGGAGCUAGAUGGUCUGGCGAACUUCCAUCUUUCUUCACUGAAGGAAUAGGGAGAACAGAUGCCUCUUCUUCAGCUAACCAUACUGAAUAUGGUGAUCACAGUAGCCAACUCUCUGUGACUGCAAGUACCAAAACGAUAGUAAAAGCUGGUGAUUCUCCUGUACAUAAGUUUGAGAUGAGGCAGGUUCGGGUCAGCAAAAACAAUGAGCUCAUCCAAUCUGUUAGACAUGAUUGCACAACUACAAACUGCAUUGUCAACAGAAACCCUGCUGACUUCAGCAUACCUGAUGAAGACAACAUCUACAUGCGAGGGUUUGAAGAUGUAAGCUCUAAAUGUCCGUUCCCCCACAAAAAUCCAUGGUAUCAAACUCAUCAUGAUGGGAAGAAGUGGCAGACGAUGAAGCUUCCAGUUCUGAAGGGACCUUGAGUAGCAGAAGAGAUGCUUUGCAUUUCAAGUUUAGCUUUAUCUGCGGGAAUUAUCCUGGUAGCCAAUCCUUGUAUGAAUGUUGUUAUAUAUACACACACUAGAAUUUGGUUUGCUUCCAUCUACCUUCAGCUACAAAAGCACAGGUGAUGAUGAUGGAAAAUCUUCAGUCGUUGCAAGUCUGGGCCAGUAUACUGUUAAUUGUUAGCUUCCUCAAAGAGCUUAUCCAAGCUGUGGAAUAAUGUAAAGACAUAAGCAUUUAGGUCCCCUGACUGUCAGUGAAAUAGUAUAUAGUUGAGUUGGUAUGUAUGACCAUCUUGAUGUGCUAAUGUCUCCCUGUGAUGUUAAAUCCUAAUAAUAAAGUGACUUAGAAGAAUUUA